AUGAGUUUCAAAAGUAAUCGAAACUUCGCAAAUUCAAGUUCUUAUUCUUUAAAACUUGGCAUUCGUACAUUCGGUGGUUUCUUUUCUUUUGGAUCCAUCUUCAUAGAUCCUUGUUGCAUUGGCUCCGGAGAUACUACGGCAGCAGCUGCCGCAGCUGCUGCUAUGGGCCGAGCUCCACACAUUGGGCAGGUUGCACUUUCACAUUUCUUAGGUGGAGGGCAUUUCAUAGGUGGAGGGCAUUUCCCAGGACAUGGGCAUGGACAACAGGGCCCUCAUGGUCCACAUGGGCCACAUGGACCACAAGGGCCGCAUGGUCCUGGGCAAGGGCAAGGUCCACACGGUCCGCAAGGUCCACUGGGGCCACAAGGUCCACAAGGGCCACAUGGCCCGCAAGGACCACAGGGGCCACACGGACCGCAAGGUCCACAGGGACAGGGGCAACGGCAUGGUCCACAGGGGCCACAAGGUCCACAAGGUCCGCACGGACAUCCACAGCUUGGUUCAUUUUUCCCUUCGCCUUUACUUUCCGCG